GUGUGUGUGUGUGUGUUUACAGUCCAGUUGAACUGUUGUUACUGAACAACUUUAUUAAUAUGAUCACAUGUAUUAAUGCAGCAGGAAUGAUGGAGACUCACAUACUGUGAUAAACGGUGCUCGGAUGGAGUCGUCACGGGGGGCUGGCGGACUCUCCCGCGAGUAUAAACUGGUGAUGCUGGGCGAGGGAGGAGUGGGUAAGAGUGCCAUCAUCAUGCAGUUUAUCAGUCACCGCUUCCCUGAGGACCACGACCCGACUAUAGAGGAUGCCUAUAAGACACAGAUCCGCAUCGAUGACGAACCCGCCAACCUGGACAUCCUGGACACAGCAGGACAGGCGGAGUUCACAGCCAUGCGGGAUCAGUACAUGCGUGCCGGCGAGGGUUUCAUCAUCUCCUACUCCAUCACGGACCGCCGCAGCUUUCAGGAGGCUCGACAUUUCAAGCAGCUGAUCUACCGCGUGCGCCGCACCGUGGACACGCCCGUGGUGCUUGUGGGGAACAAGUCCGACCUCACUAACCUCAGACAGGUGUCAGAAGAGGAGGGGAGGGAGCUGGCGCGGGAGUUCCAGUGCCCGUUCUUCGAGACGUCGGCGGCGUUCCGUUACUACAUCGACGAGGUGUUCGUGGCUCUGGUGCGUCAGAUCCGCCAGCGCGAGGCCGAGGUGGUGCGCGGCGGGGAGAGCAAGAGCAGACGCAGCCGGUCCUUCUGGAGACGCCUCAAAGCUCCCUUCCGCAAGAAAAAGCACUCCGAGCACUGAGGGCUGAUGGGAUGCCCCGGUCCUCCAACGUCACUCCUCCUCCGUAAACCUGUUACCUAGCUGGUCUGUGAACUGGUAGAUUAGUUUAUAGGAUUUAUUUCGAUUAAGCGCUCUAAAUCGUUAUCGGAUCGGAUAUCAGGAUGUUCUGAUGUGCGGGACACACGUACACAUACGAUAAAUCUGCGAAUUACUGUUACCCUCAUAGGUGCGUUUAUUAGAAAGGCCCGAACACACCAGGGACCAGGUGACCUUAUGCAGAAUUUGGAAAUUCUGGAACUCUUUCUGGAAUUUCAAGCUUUUUUAUUAUUUAAUGUUCACAAAAUUUUCUUCAGGGACCAAAUCUGGAAGUGUUCAGACCUGUUCUUCUAAUUUAGUCAUUUCCCGUUCCCUUUUCCCAACUCUUUUUGCACUUAAACCACCCGUAAUACAGGAAUGCAGACUAGUGGCCACUGUAGCUCAGCGGUUCAAGUCCCACCAGCACUUAGUUGGCACUGUUGGGCCCCUGAGCGAUGCCCUUAACCCCGGCUCGAAUUGUAUUCAGUCACAAUUGAGAGUCACUUUGAAUACAGGCGUCCACUAAAUGCUGUUAUCGCAAAAAUAAAUGUAAAUGGUGCUCAGUCAGGGCUGGAGAGACGUACCGCGUACAGAGGAUCACGCUGUGCUCUCAAAUCAAAUCAAAGUUGAUUUCUCACAUACUUAGACAUACGCAGUACAAAAUUGGACACAAAUAUUCAUAUUAGGGCAUCCAGGUGGUGCAUCCAGGUGGUUCGAAACUCGGUGUUGCCACCGGUCGGCUGGGUGCCAUCUAGCGGGCAUGAUCGGCAGUGCCUGCAGCAGACACGUUCCUGCUAGGGCGGGAUGGCCGGACUAUGUGGGUGGGGUCUUUAAACGCUGUGUAAAAACCCUGAUUGGCAGAUAGAGGCGCUUGUGCAGAAUGCAUGGGUGAAAAAGGGUUCUGCUAAAGGCUGCACGCGGGUCGUGGGAGGGGUGAGCAGCAAUAUACCCAACUCGACUCAAUCAGGGAUCCACCAGCAGCGGAAGACAGAUUGACUACACUAAAUUGGGAGAAAAUGUUUAUUAAAUAAUUUGCCGUCUGUGGGUGGAAUUUUAUCACAUUUCUGACUGCACCUCUCCAGUACGCGCCUCCCUCGUAUGUUUGCACUCACAGACCUGGUGUGUUCGGGCCUUCGUACUGUGUUUAGUAUUAAUCAGGACUUGAGUUACGGCAGCAUGUUUCUGAGGUGCAGGAGAGCUGUAGUACCUGGGUUUCUUUUUUCUGGGAUGAAAUAGGAAGGUCGUAGAGAUGUGAAGAAAGUUUGAGUACGUGUGGAUGUGAAACAGUUCGAGAAAAUAAUUGAAGAGAAAUAUGGAAUAGAUAACACGUGGGUUGGUGGACAGGUGGAUAGCUCAUUGAACACAAUGAAACAAUGAGUUGUUGAAAUCCCUUACAUGUGUAUGUAAACAUUUGACCAUGUAAGGCUUGUUUGCAGCCUUAUGUUUCUUUUGGUGAGGAGUUUUGCAUGUUCUUCCCUAGUCUGCAUGGGUUUCUCCAGGUCCACCUCUCACACACAUGCAGUAGUGCAAAUGUUCGUCGCCCACUCUGCUCCCAGUGUUUUUGUUAGGUGCCUGACUCACUGUGCCCUUGACCAGGAUGGGGUGGUUGGUGGAAGUAAAUAAACCAGCAUUUGGACCGGGACUCAUUUGCUCAUUUUAUGUUCUUGCUUUACCAUGGUCAGGGUUGCAGUGGGUCUAGAGCUGGGUCACCACACACUCACACGUACAGACAAAUUAGAGCAGCCAAUCCACUUAAUGCAUGUUUUGGGAGGUACCUGGGAGAACAUGCGAAGAUUCAUAAAGGCAGCAAUUGGAGGGGAAUGAACCUAGGGUCCUAGUACCCACAUUUCUGUGCUGCACCCACACCAAACUGCACCACUAUACUGACCUGAAUUUACCCAACUGUAGAGAGAGAAAGAUGGCUCAUGAAUAGUAUAAGAAUGGUGUAUAAAUGGCUAAUGAAUAGCAUAUGAAUGCUUAUAACUGGUAUAUAGUGCAUGUCUGGAGUAAGAACAGCUUAUUGGUGUAUGGAUAGCAAAUAAAUGGUGUAUAGAUGGUGUAUUAAUGACGUGUAUUGCAUAUGAAUCACACUUCAUUAGUGUAUGAAUGGUGUAUGACUAGUAUAUGAAUAGUUCAUGAAAGGCAUAUGAAUGUGACUCCUAUAUAGUUUUUUCCUCUUCUUAAUGUUGUGCAAUUACUACACAUAAAUUCUGAACGUCUGUUUAUUGCUGUAUGUCGUACAAAAUGUAGAAGUUUUUUUAAAACAGUGUGAUUAUGGAAGUGCUUGAUUUUUUUAUGUGAUUAUAAUUCUUAUAUUUUACUUAAUUUAUUUUUCUUAGAGGUUCUUAAAUAAAAUAAAUACACAUUUCAACAUUAA